UAGGGGGAGGGAGUCUGGAGCUGGGCUUUGAGGGAAGAAGCAAGAGAAGAGAAAGGACCCAUCUGUUCCUGUAGUAGCAGAUAAAGAGAGAAUGAGAGGGAGGAAGGACGGAGAGGAAGGAAGGGAUGGAACACCACACUACAAGUCCAUGUAUUUACAAGGAACUCUGAAGAUUUCUGUUAAGUGACUCUUCAACAUGCAGUCAAGAUGAAGAUGUGGAUUAUUUUUCUUUGCAUAAGCAAAGUAUGGAUACAAACAGCCUUUACAGCUGAUGUUACCCCAACGCCAUCAGCUUCACCAGUAACACCCACUGAAGAUGAGAGCACUGAACUAGUGGAUUGGCUGAGUAAGUAUGGCUACCUACCACCCUCAGACCCAUCGACAGGACAGCUACAGGCCUGGACAGCCGUCACUAAUGCAGUUAGGGCCAUGCAGAAGUUUGCAGGCCUCAAAGACACUGGAGUUUUAGAUGAGGAAACUAAGGCCCUUAUGAGCAGUCCACGCUGCUCCCUACCAGACCAGGAAGAAAGUUCCAAGUCACCAUCCAGUCAUGAGGACAGAAAAAAAAGAAAAAGGAGAGCUAUUUCCAUGUGGAGCCGCAGGAACAUCAACUGGAGGGUACGUUCAUAUCCAUCCUCUUCAGCUCUGUCCCGUGAGAUGAUUCGUUCACUGGUCUUCUAUGCUUUAAGAGUGUGGGCAGAGCCAACGCCCCUGGAGUUUCAUGAGGUGGGCAGCCCAGAGGCUGCUGACCUACAGGUAGACUUUCUCCAUGGUUACCAUGGUGACAGCUAUCCUUUUGAUGGAGUGGGAGGUGCAGUUGGACAUGCUUUCUUCCCAUCAGACCCUACCCGGGCUGGGGGGGUUCAUUUGGAUGCAGAAGAGCAGUGGGUCUUCAGACAACCAGCGUCUGAGGGCACUGAUCUCUUCACAGUCCUGGUCCAUGAAUUUGGACAUGCUUUAGGCCUGGCCCACUCCUCAUCCCGCCACUCUGUGAUGAGGCCAUACUACCAGGGUCCUGCUGGGGACCCUCUUCACUACCGGCUGGGACCCCAAGAUCUGGAGCACAUCACUCAGCUCUAUGGAAAAAGGAACCAGCUCCUGGCCACUGAUGCUCCUCGUCUUGCCACAGAACCUCAGCAGCAGCACCGAGGCCACCGUCAUCACAGAUAUGGCUCCUCUAUAGAUCGCUGUAACACCAGUUUUGAUGUUGUAGCAAGAAUCCGAGGAGAGAUUUUCUUCUUCAAAGAUCUGAUGAUGUGGCGGGUGAAUGGUGGGGGUUUGGUGUCAGGUCGCGGGGCUUCAGUCAGGAGGCUGUGGAGGGGGUUGCCUCCCGACCUGCCUCGAAUUCACGCUGUGCUGGAGAGACAGUCGGAUCACGCCAUCAUCUUCAUUAGUGGUUCACAGUUCUGGCUCUUCAGAGACUUGUCCCUGCAGGAGGGUUAUCCACAGCCCCUCUCUGCCCUCAGGAUGGGGCUCAGCUUGGCUGGAGCAGGGAGUGAUGAUGAGGACGCAGUAAGGAGGUGGGGUCUGGUCUGGGAUCCAGAGGAGGGUCCCAUUUGGGGGGACAUAAGAGAAUCCAGAGAAGAUCAGCAAAGUGACACCUGGACUCAGCUUCUUACAGAGGGAGUCAGUGGCAUUACCACAGAUGCAGAUGGCUCAGUCUAUCUGUUCAAAGGAGACUCCUAUUGGAAGUUCACGUUUCCAGGCUCCACGCUACUGGAUGGAUACCCUCGAUCGUCAGCCGCUGAUUGGCUGGACUGCCCUGACUCCUCUUCAUCUUCCACCUCCUUCUCGUCCUCACCUGGCAUCAACAGCAUAGACACUCUGUCCUUGUCUUUUUCUCCAUCUGCAGGAAGACAAGAGCUCAGGGAGAGGUGGGGGGAGGACAGAGAAAAGGAUGAAACAGAAGGAAGAGGAAAACAUGGAGAUCAACACAAAGACAGACGAGACACAGUGAAACAUAUCUGGACUCAGUGCACCUGCCAAAAUGGCACACCUUUUGACAGGCCUAAACAUGCUUUUGCUGCUUUGUUGCUGAGUGUGUGGACAUGGCUAGUUUUUUAAAACUACUGAAGUAAUUUUUAAGACUAAGAUUAACUCCAGUUCACCACUGGAAUACACCAAACUGCAGAAACUCUUAACUUAACUCUAAACUUAAUAUAAUCAGCCCCAAACUGUGCUGUGAAAAGUGCUGAAUUGCACUUUUAAUAUGAAGUUAACAUGUCUGCAAUUGUUUUAAAAUAAAAGCAUAGCAUUAGCA